AUGGUGGCCUGCAUAAAUUUCCACCACCCAAAGAUUCCCCACAUUUCACCAAUGGUCUUCCUUCGCCGUUUCUCGACUUUUCGCCCUUUGGCGGCUAAAUUCUUGGCUCGAACUACUGUAUCUCCUGGUUUAAAUGCCCAAGUUCUUGCGCCGGCCGACUUGAAGCCCAAAUCGGUGGUUUUCCUUUCCACUCCACAGAACAUUCCGACAGUGAUUGAAAACGCAAUCAACUUUUACCAGAUUGGCAAUAUGCAAGUACUUGUGGCUGGAGUGGAUAGUGUUGUACCUAAUGGAAACCGAAACGGGAUAUCCGAGCUUUGGCUUGACGACUAUAUUACUUUUGAAGACUCUGUACUUCUUCUGGCCAAAGAUACAGUGAAACCAAAGCAAAGCGAUGGAAUCAACGUAGUGGGAGCCAAAACCAAUUGGAAAAAUGUUGAUGCUGCGCUUAAGCUUCAAUUGGGUCUGAACUGUCUUGAGAUGUCUUUGGCGAAUACUAUUUUUUCCACCAACCAGUUGGCCACGCUUUUCUACUUUCAACCACCUGCAUUGCAGAAACAAACAGGCGAUCCGAACAUGGGUGAAGUCUUGUCUAACUUGACAGCGAUUUUGCCCCCCUUGGAACCUUCUCUUGAGACUGCAGUUUCUCUGGACAGAUGGACACCAUUGACUGAGGGAGAAGAAUUGGUGGUGACAAAUUGCACAGGAAACUUGGUCCGGUCCAUAAACAACGGGCCAGCUGCCAAAAUUCUUGAAAACAACUCCAAGUUGAUGGGCAUCGCCAGCAAAGAGACAAAAGUGUAUGUGAAAGUGUUCCGUGACAAUGAGAGCAAGAAGUAUGAGGUGAUUGCAGGAGGUGGUGGAUGGGGAGUCAAAGCUGAUUUAUUGGCCAUCUCUCCAGAGGCGAAAAUGCAAGUGGGCGACCGCUUGGAAUUUUUCAUGGUAACCCCAGAAGUGCGCUAUGCGGACAUGAGCAACACAGUGGUGUCAAACCAGUUUAUGUUUGAGUCAUUGCCUGAGAUGUCUUCCUAUGAGAUGACUUUGGGCAGCCCACAGACAAUCGAGCACCUUUUUGGAUGCGGGUCGGAGUCUGGAUUUGUCAUGGAUGGCGUCAACCACAAGAGUCCUGGAGAAGUAGUUCGCUUGGCCUAUCAGCUGUGA